AUGAGUAACAGCGAGCUUCUCACCGUCGAGCCUCUGGACCUUCAAUUCCCUUUUGAAUUGAAGAAGCAGAUCUCUUGCUCUCUCUACUUGACGAACAAAACCGACAAUAAUGUGGCCUUUAAGGUUAAAACGACGAAUCCGAAAAAGUAUUGCGUUAGGCCUAACACUGGAGUUGUUCUUCCAAGGUCCACUUGUGAAGUUCUUGUGACCAUGCAAGCUCAAAAGGAAGCUCCUUCCGAUAUGCAGUGCAAGGACAAGUUUCUGCUUCAAGGUGUGCUAGCUACUGCUGGUAUCACAGCCAAGGAAGUUACUCCUGAGAUGUUUAGCAAAGAAUCAGGGCAUCUAGUUGAGGAGACGAAGCUGAGAGUUACGUAUGUUGCUCCGCCACGGCCACCAUCACCGGUCCAUGAAGGAUCAGAAGAAGGCUCUUCACCAAGGGCUUCGGUUUCUGAUAACGGAAAUGCUUCUGAAUUUUCAUUUCAGAGAACCAUCGGUGGCAAGGCUGAUCCUCAAGAAAACUCAUCUGAGGCAAGGGCUCUCAUCACAAAGCUAACAGAGGAAAAACAGAAUGCCAUUCAACUGAACAACAAACUUCAAAAAGAACUGGAUCUGUUGAGGCGUGACAGCAAGAGAAGCCAAAGUGGUGGUAUACCAUUCAUGUACGUUCUUCUGGUCGGGCUAAUCGGGUUAAUUUUGGGAUACAUAAUGAAGAGGACAUAA